AUUUAAGAGUAUUGACUGUUGACAAUGACUUUGAGUUAUCACACUCCAAAUUUGUACAUAAAGCAACACCAGUAAAAAUAGUCAAAGAUCACAUUAAAUGUUUAAGAACUAAUAAGUGCAUAUUUGAUACCUAUUUCAUGCAUAACCUUUCUGAAAAAGUUGCUAAUGAUUCCACUUUUUUUGGACUACAAUCAGCUG